GAAGGCGGCAGAAAAGCGUUCCCGGUGUGAAAGUGGGGAUGGGAACCAUUGCGCAUCUUUUGUACGCGGGCGACACGCUGAGGAUGUGGGCGGAGUUGUGCGUGGAGUAGCGGGGAGGAAGGUUUGGCUCGGAUGAAACGCAGCGUUUGGAGAUUAGCUGCCGGAGGGAGGCGGGAGAAUGCGUUGUUGUGAGCACACGGAACGUAGGAGUACGGAGGGCUGCGUCCGCCCGGGGGCGGGGGGCGCGACCAUGCUGGUGCAGCGACUGUCCUUGUGAUGCCCGCCGGCGACCGGGAAGGGCGCGCUUUGGCUAGCAGGCUGAACCGUAACUGCGGCAGCAGCAGCCGAGGCUCUUAGCCAGCCCGCCUUCCUUAGCGACCGGCUUGCGCAAUCCGCUCCGAGAGUCUGAGGCUGCCGCUUUUCCCGUUCCCCUCCGGCUGCCUUCAUGCUUCCCGGAGGAGCAUGAAGAGCUCCUCGUUUGGCGGCCGUGCCAAGAGCCUGCGCAGCGGUGGCCAGACAUGCCCCAGCCUUGGCUGAAGACAUCGCUCCAGUAAUCGCCCUCUCUCUGGAGGGGCUGAAAUGAGGACAUGAGGCAUUGACUGGAAGCGCAAAACCUCACAAGCUUACUUUGGACUUUUUACUGUUUACUAUGGAGACCAAGGAAGACAAAAAAGAGAGAAGAGGCUAUUUUUACCGUCUGAGAAAGAAGAGAGCAGCAAAACAAAAUGCAGACACAGCACCUGGUAAUGCUUGUGGAGCUUCUGCGUGCAGAAUUCAGACAGGAAAAGAUGAUGGAAGCAAAGUCAUUUUGGCACAAACUAAUGGUUCCCAAGAAAAUGGCAAAAUUCCUGGGGGAAAGGAAGACUGUGUCACUGAUGGAGAGAAAAAAAAGAAAAAAAGUCAGCCAAAGGAUAUUAGGCGCACAGAUCUGAAGAGAUACUAUAGCAUUGAUAAUAAUCAAACCAAAACUAAUGAGAAGAAAGAGAAGAAAAUGGUCUUUCAGAAACCCCACGGUACAAUAGAAUAUACGGCUGGAAGCCAAGACACCUUAAACAGCAUUGCACUGAAGUUUAAUAUUACUCCAAAUAAACUUGUGGAACUCAAUAAGCUUUUCACACACACAAUUGUUCCAGGCCAGAUUCUGUAUGUGCCAAAUAUUGAUUCUGUCCCCACUGCUGGAAAACUAGCUUCUCUAAGUCCUGGUGCUCCUGUUUCACCCUCAUCAUCAGAUGCAGAGUAUGAUAAACUUCUGGAUGCUGACUUGGCAAGAAGGGCUUGCAGACCGAUCCAAAGAGUCCUGUCUUCCACAUCAGAAGAGGAUGAGCCAACUGUUGUCAAAUUUUUAAAAAUGAAUUGUCGAUAUUUCACAGAUGGCAAGGGUGUGGUUGGAGGGGUCAUGUUAGUUACUCCAAACAACAUCAUGUUUGACCCUCACAAGUCAGACCCUCUGGUAAUUGAGAAUGGCUGUGAAGAGUAUGGACUCCUUUGUCCUAUGGAAGAGAUUAUUUCAAUUGCUUUGUACAACGAUAUCUCACACAUGAAGAUUAAGGAUGCUCUGCCAUCCGACAUACCAAAGGAUCUUUGUCCUCUGUACAGGCCUGGUGAAUGGGAAGACCUUUCCUCUGAGAAGGACAUCAACCCUUUCAGCAAAUUUAAAUCCUUGAACAGGGAGAAGAAGCAACCAAAAGUAAAUAACUUUGUCACCUUGAAUUCCAAACUGAUAACGCUUUCAGACAAGGAGAAACCUACAGAUUUUGAACUUCUUAACCCUUCUGAAAAGUCUUCCUUGGUAUCACUAGAACCAUCAAGGGACUCCACCAUUGGUGAUCCUUCAAAAGGGGUGCAUUUAGAGAAGUAUACUAAAGAAUGUUCUGGACAUAAGGUUACUCUAGGCCUUGCCAAAGAUAAUUCCCUUUUGGAAGAAGGUGGUUUUAUUGAACUAGAAGAUACUUCACCUUGGACUGAUGGCAAAGGAGACAGUAGAGAUGUGGGACCAAUACAGGUUACCACUGAUGGUAAACUGACUGAGGAGGUGCCACUACGAGCAACAAAUCAAGGCAGUUGUGAGCAAUCAGAAUUAUAUUUAUCAGGGACAAAACAUGAAGUUGGCUGUAAAGAGGUCAUUGAUUCAGAGUCCUGUGAGAAGCUAGAUGUAGUGCCUGAAAUAAACAAGGGCAGCAGUUCACCAACAAGUAAGAUAGAAACUACUUUGGAUGCUAAUCAGGAGUUGGAUAAAGACAAGCUUAUUGAAUUUUACUUAAAUAAAGAUGAGUUGCAACCUCCUGAUGAUUCAUGUAAGGCUAAAAUCAAGGAAGAGGGGAAUAAUAAACAAUUAGGUAUAGACCUCACACUUAGUUCUUCUCAUUCCCAAACCAAUGAAGAUUUUACAAUGAAAAGGGUAGGCUCUGAUUCAUGUUCUGUUGAAAGAAAAGAGCCAUUGCCAGAAGUUGGCUCAGCAGUGCCUGAGAAAAAGGAGCAUAAAGGAUCGAGAUCAUCUUCAUUGGCAUCUCAUCUAGACCAAAAGGGUUGUCAACAAAUUGAUCUAGAUAAUAAAUCUGAAAUCAGACUGUGGCUGCUGCAAAGAAUCCAAGUGCCGAUUGAAGAUAUGCUUCCUUCAAAAGAGGAGAAAAGCAGGACCCCUCCAAUGUUCCUGUGCAUUAAAGUGGGCAAGCCUAUGAUGAAGUCAUUUGCUUCUCAGAACGCCACUAUGGCCCAGCAAUAUGGUAAAAGAAGGAAGCAACCAGAGUACUGGUUCGCUGUUCCUCGAGAGAGGGUAGAUCAUCUGUAUACAUUUUUUGUACAGUGGUCACCAGAUGUGUAUGGCAAAGAUGCUAAGGAACAGGGUUUUGUGGUGGUGGAAAAGGAGGAGCUUGAUAUGAUAGACAACUUCUUCAGCGAGCCCUCAACAAAAAGCUGGGAGAUUAUCACCGUAGAAGAAGCAAAACGCCGAAAGAGUAUUUGCAGCUAUUGUGAAGAAGAUGGUGAUGAGAACAAUGAUAAUGAAGAAGAUGCUUUGCCUGUGUUAAAAAACCAGAGCGUUCUCCUAGAAAAUAUGCAUGUAGAGCAGCUUGCCCCGUGCCUGCCAGCAAGGGUUCAGGGAUAUCCUUGGAAGCUUGUAUACAGCACACAGGAACAUGGAACUAGUUUGAAAACACUUUAUCGUAAAUCAGCGUCUCUUGAUAGUCCGGUCCUUCUUGUCAUCAAAGAUAUGGACAACCAGAUAUUUGGGGCUUAUGCAACACAUCCUUUCAAGUUUAGUGACCACUAUUAUGGCACAGGAGAAACUUUCCUAUACACAUUCAACCCUGUUUUCAAGAUUUUUAAAUGGAGUGGAGAAAAUACCUAUUUUAUCAAUGGAGAUGUAACCUCAUUAGAACUUGGAGGGGGAGAUGGCAGGUUUGGUUUAUGGCUAGAUGCUGAUCUGUAUCAUGGUCGGAGCAACUGUUGCAGUACAUUCAAUAAUGAUAUCUUAUCCAAAAAAGAAGACUUUGUUGUCCAGGAUGUAGAAGUGUGGACAUUUGAGUGAUGUACUUGCUGCCUUAAAAAGCCUAUGGCUCUGAAUGUUGAGAAUUGGAAUGCAGGCUGCCUAACACAUUUCAUCCUCCUCUUGAAAACAGAUGAAGUUUGAUUACACAAGACUUUUAAAGGCAAAAAUGGAUUACAACAACAACAAACACCUAGCUAAAAUCUUAUUCCAGCUGUGCUGUCACUCCUACAAAAAUAUGCUUAUGGAAAGCAUUUAUGACAUAUGAGUUUAAAGCAGUCUCUUUUUUCUGUAUCUGUGGGAAAAAACCAUAGAACUGUAUAGUACAUUCCAUGUGUAUUUUUAUUCAGAUAAGUGAAAACCAAAAAGAGGGAACAGUUCAUUACCACAUUCUAUGGCAUAAAGUGAUGUUUUCCAUGAUAAAAUACUAGUAAUUUGAACUUAUAUACUGGGCACUUAAAGGGAACAUUUUAAAUAUAUAUAUAUAUAUAUAUUAUUUGUAUAGGACAUUUUUCUGAAAUCCAGCAGGUUAUUUUUGUUUUAAUAUUACAAGUCUCAAAAUUGGCUAGAAAGAUUGUGACAGAUGCCUUAAGUGGCAGUGAUGAAUAGUUUCGGUUUCCUAGUUUUUAUAUUUUGCUAGUUUUUUUAAUUUUGUAAAUGAAACAUUUUUGUUGAUUUACCCUAAUUCUUUUAGGGAUUGGGGGGCAGAAGCACUGAGUGCAUAAUUCUGGAUUGAGAUGGGAAUAUUGGUAGUACACCUUGUCAGAUAUACAUUUUGUUGUGUUGAUAUGGUGAUGUAUGGAGAUAGACUUUUCACUGGUUAUCAAGGGCAAACCCCCACCCCCCCAUUGAUAGAGGUACUUCUCAGAAAUAUGUUGUCAUGGGGCACAAGAUAAACAUGCCUCUACAUAUUACUUGAAAUUUUGUUAAAGCAAAAUGUUAUAAUACCACGCCAAACUAGGUUAGUCACUUUUUUGAAGAAUGUUAUAUUUUCUGAAUAACAUUUAAACCCAGUGGUUGACUUCCUAUAACAAUCAUUUUUCUCCUGGUUAUUUUUAAAAUGACAUGUAUACUGUGUCCAUGCAUACUUGAAUACUGCAGUCUUGUAAUCAUUAAUUUAUUGGGUAAUUGAUUACAGUAGUGAAGUAUCCAACCUCACAUGUAUCCCACGUUGUGUGCAUUUAUUGAAGGAGAACACUGGAUCUGAAUGGACUUUGUUGAAUGCUGUUAAUUCACUUUAACUUAAUUAAGGAGCUUCACUUAAAAUAAAUAAUGGUUUUGGUUACUUGUCUUUCAUAAAAUAUAUUCCAGCUAUAAAAGCAAUUAAAAAGAUGAUGCUAUUAAUUCCUGAAAAGCUUACUAUACUAACUUAAUAUUUUGCUAAAGAAAGAUGAGGCAAGGGCCCAGACUGAGUCAUCAUGAGAGGAUGUUUUUAAAAAGUAUAAUUUUAAUAUUCCAAAAUUACACUGAAUAUGUCACAUAAACCCUGUGACAUAUCUGUCCCAACUGAGACUGCAACUCAUUUCCACUUAGAGCAGCAUUGCUUACAAUUAAUAUAUAGCUAUGCUGUAAUAAUUAGAGCAUUUUUAAAAAAGUUUGACCAACUGGAUGUGUUUAUAUUCUCUCCAUAUUAUGCUACGUGACCUAUACAGCUGGGACCAGAUUACAAAGACUGUGUGAAAACAGUCAUUUAUUAUUCUUCCUUAUUUUUUAAUCUGAAGAAACAAAAGAGAACAAGCAGCUUUUCUUUGAAAGCAUCAGUGUCUCUUUGCACACAAGGUUCUUUGUACUGAUAGGUGUUUGCAUUACAUAUAAUCUGCAAAGUUGUUUUUCACAUGAGUUUUUACAUGAACAUUGUUUCAUGUAAACAGCCGCAUGUAUGAACAUACACACACACCUAUUACUGAGUGUACAUGCCGUGAGAAUAUGCAGCAGUUCAGGCUUGCUGCAAAAUAUACGUUUAGAAAAUAAAAUUGCAUGCAUCUGUCAUAUCUGAUGGCAAACGGCAAGGUAUACACAUAGUUCCAUACAAAGGAUUAGUAUGCUUGUAGACAAUUUAUCAUGUGAGAAACAAUACUGGAACGUUUAACACAUGGCAUCUAUGCUUUUAUACCAUUUCCUUCAGAGUUCUGACCACUGGUGAUACUACAGAGAUUAUCACUGUAAAGUAUGAGCCUCUAAUGCUAACAUUUUGGAGACAUACCAGGGACCCUUUCAAAUAUAAUUUUGCCAUUGAAAACACACUCGCUAACUGAAAGCAAAAGAUUUUUAGAUAUUUGACAUAUUUCACUGUUGUUACAUGCAUUUUAUUCUAUUAUAUACUUGUCAGAGACUAUCUGAAAUGUUUGUGUUCUGUAUUCAAACAGUGUUGUCCUACCAAAAUUGUGACCCUUCAGACUUAUGGAUAUUUAAUAUAUGUAAUACAGUGCUAUUGCAAUAUUUUCAAUAAAGGAAUUUAUGCAUUCA